CCUUCUUCCCCUUACCCCUUCAAGCGCUGCGCGCGUAGUUAUUUCUCUCCCCAUACUUCUUCUCCCCAAACUUCAAACUCUCGUCUUAGCUUUUUAAGCUUCAUUUAUACAAGAUGAAGGGCGAGAUUCUUCACCUCCACCUGGGCCAGGCCGGUACCCAGCUCGGUAACUCUGCUUGGGAGCUCUACCUUCUCGAGCACGGCCUCGGUCCCGACGGUCGACCUGACCCCAAUGCUCCCGAUAUUGGUGACCCCGGUUCUUUCGAGACCUUCUUCACCGAGACCAACAGCGGAAAGUAUGUUCCUCGAUCUCUGUUCGUCGAUCUCGAUCCCUCGCCAAUCGACGAGAUCCGAACCGGUGAAUACCGCAACCUGUUCCACCCCGAGCUGUUGGUCAGUGGUAAGGAGGAUGCCGCCAACAACUAUGCCCGUGGUCACUACACCAUUGGCAAGGAGAUGGUCGACAAUGUCAUGGACCGAAUUCGUCGUGUUGCCGACAACUGCCAGUCUCUCCAGGGUUUCCUGAUCUUCCACUCUUUCGGUGGUGGUACCGGUUCUGGUUUCGGUGCUCUCCUCCUUGAGCGUCUCUCUACCGAGUACGGCAAGAAGUCCAAGCUCGAGUUUGCUGUCUACCCUGCUCCCCGAACAUCGACUGCCGUUGUUGAGCCUUACAACGCUGUCCUGUCUACCCACAGCACCAUUGAGAACUCCGACUGUACUUUCCUUGUCGACAACGAGGCUGUCUAUGAUAUCUGCCGUCGCAACCUCGACAUUCCUCGACCCUCAUAUGAGCACCUCAACCGUCUCAUCGCCCAGGUUGUCAGCUCCAUCACCUCGUCUCUCCGAUUCGACGGUGCCCUCAACGUCGAUCUCAACGAGUUCCAGACCAACCUGGUUCCCUACCCCCGAAUCCACUACCCUCUCAUCAGCUACGCUCCUGUCAUUUCUGCCAACAAGAGCGAGCACGAGAGCUUCAAGGUUCAGGAGCUUACCUUCCAGUGCUUUGAGCCCAACAACCAGAUGGUCGUCUGUGACCCCCGAAACGGCAAGUACAUGGCUGUCGCUCUUCUGUACCGUGGUGAUUGUGUUCCUCGCGACUGCAAUGCCGCUAUCGCCUCCCUCAAGGCCAAGGCCUCAUUCAACCUCGUUGAGUGGUGCCCCACUGGUUUCAAGCUCGGAAUCAACUACCAAAAGCCCAUGGCUGUCCCUGCUCCUGCUGAGGCUGGUGGUCUUGCUCCCGUCAAGCGAUCCGUCUCUAUGCUUUCCAACACCACCGCCAUCGCUGAGGCCUGGUCGCGUCUUGACUACAAGUUCGACCUUAUGCACAGCAAGCGUGCUUUCGUCCACUGGUACGUUGGCGAGGGUAUGGAGGAAGGAGAGUUCACCGAGGCCCGAGAGGAUCUAGCUGCUCUGGAGAAGGAUUACGAAGAGGUUGCUGCCGACUCCUUCGAGCCCGAAGAGGAACUCGAGUACUAGACAGCCGCAUGAUGCGACUUUGUGUAAUCCCUUUCGACUUCUUUGAUGGCAUGUUUUAGCGAUAGCUCGGACAGGGCUCACGCCCGCGAAGCAUACAGAUAAGAGUUGUGGAGGAAGUUGUUUAAGAUUCCCGAUUUUUGGGCGGCACACAUAUGGGGGUAAAGCAUGUGCUGGCCGCCACGCGCCAAUGGCUCAGGGUACCCCGUUAGUAAAUGGUCUUGUAUUUUGAAGCCAUGUCCUAAUAGACGAGACUGUCCCUCGAUGCAAAUUUGGCGCAUUUAUUUGCAAAGCAGGCACGUAAAAUUGAUGAUAUAUCCUUUCUUAUUCAAC